GGCCCUGGGCGCCCGCCGCCGCUUCCUUCCCUAUUCUGGCCGGGCGACCUGUUGGAGUGUGGAGAUGCUGAGGGCCUCGUGUCCCUGAGCUCCGCUUCCUUUCCGACUGUGCACUAGUGCUGACCUCAGAGCGGCCUGCGGCUGCGAGCCAGGCUGAGUGUUCAUUCCAGCAUGUCGGAAGGGGAGUCCCAAACAGUAGUCAGCAGUGGCUCAGACCCAAAGGUAGAAUCCUCUUCUUCAGCUCCUGGCCUGACUUCAGUGUCACCUCCUGUGACCUCUACAACCUCAGCUGCUUCCCCCGAGGAGGAAGAAGAAAGCGAAGAUGAGUCUGAGAUCUUGGAAGAGUCGCCCUGUGGACGCUGGCAGAAGAGGAGAGAAGAGGUGAAUCAGCGGAAUGUCCCAGGUAUUGACAGUGCGUACCUGGCCAUGGAUACGGAGGAGGGUGUGGAGGUUGUGUGGAACGAGGUGCAGUUCUCUGAACGCAAGAACUACAAACUGCAGGAGGAAAAGGUCCGUGCAGUGUUUGAUAAUCUGAUUCAGUUGGAGCAUCUUAACAUUGUUAAGUUUCACAAGUACUGGGCUGAUGUUAAAGAGAACAAGGCCAGGGUGAUUUUCAUCACAGAAUACAUGUCAUCUGGAAGCCUUAAGCAGUUUCUGAAGAAGACCAAGAAGAACCACAAGACUAUGAAUGAAAAGGCUUGGAAACGCUGGUGCACACAGAUUCUGUCUGCCCUAAGCUACCUGCACUCCUGUGACCCUCCCAUCAUCCAUGGGAACCUGACCUGUGACACCAUCUUCAUCCAGCACAACGGACUCAUCAAGAUUGGCUCUGUCUUUCAUAGGAUUUUUGCUAAUGUGGCUCCUGACACUAUCAACAAUCAUGUGAAGACUUGCCGGGAAGAGCAGAAGAACCUGCACUUCUUUGCACCAGAGUAUGGAGAAGUCACUAAUGUGACAACAGCGGUGGACAUCUACUCCUUUGGCAUGUGUGCACUGGAGAUGGCUGUGCUGGAGAUUCAGGGCAAUGGAGAGUCCUCAUAUGUGCCACAGGAAGCCAUCAGCAGCGCCAUCCAGCUCCUGGAAGACUCACUACAGAGGGAGUUUAUUCAAAAGUGCCUGCAGUCUGAGCCUGCCCGAAGACCAACAGCCAGAGAGCUUCUGUUCCACCCAGCACUGUUUGAAGUGCCCUCACUCAAACUGCUCGCUGCUCACUGUAUUGUGGGACACCAACACAUGAUCCCAGAGAACGCUCUGGAGGAGAUCACCAAAAACAUGGAUACCAGUGCUGUACUAGCUGAAAUCCCUGCUGGGCCAGGACGAGACUCAGUUCAGACUCUGUACUCUCAGUCACCGGCCCUGGAGCUGGACAAAUUCCUUGAAGAUGUCAGGAAUGGGAUCUACCCUCUGACAGCCUUUGGCCUACCUCGGCCUCAGCAGCCACAGCAGGAGGAGGUGACGUCACCUGUUGUGCCCCCGUCUGUCAAAACUCCAACUCCUGAGCCAGCUGAGGUGGAGACACGCAAGGUGGUGCUGAUGCAGUGUAACAUCGAGUCAGUGGAGGAGGGGGUCAAACACCACCUAACACUUCUGCUGAAGCUGGAGGACAAGCUGAACCGGCACCUGAGCUGUGACCUGAUGCCAAAUGAGAACAUCCCGGACUUGGCGGCUGAGCUGGUGCAGCUGGGCUUCAUUAGUGAGGCCGAUCAGAGCCGCCUGACCUCUCUGCUCGAGGAGACCCUCAACAAGUUCAACUUUGCCAGGAACAGCACCCUCAACCCAGCCGCUGUCACCGUCUCCUCAUAGAGCUCUCUUGAGCCAGACCCCUGAGUGUGGCUGCCCCCCUUCUCCCCAGUCAGUAUUACCCGUGAAGCCCCUUCUCCCCCUUAUUAUUCAGGAGGGCUUUGGGGCGCCCUGGUUGAGCAUCACCCUGCCCCUCGCCCUCUCCUCCCUCUGCACUUUGUUUACUUGUUUUGCACAGACGUGGGCCAGGGCCUUCUCAGCAGCCACCUUGUAGCUGGGGCUAGUGGCUGACCUGCUGGCCCCUGCCCUGCCUGUGUGGACAGGAGGCCCACGGGCACUGGGGGAGCUGACUUCUAGAUCCCGCUGGGGCGGAUGGGCGGGACAGAAAGGUGGUGCUGCAGGGGUGGCCCCGGGGGCCAUUCGAAUCGCCUCAGUUGCUGCUGUAAUAAAGUCUACUUUUUGCUAAAAGCGUC